AGGAAGCAAAACCGGGGCGGAGUUGCCGCUCUUGAAGCCAAAGCCGGGAGGGAAGAAAGAAAAGCAAGCAAAGAAGGAAGGCGAGAGAGGACUGACUCCAAGAGAAAGAGCGAGGAGCGCCUGGAGAAGACCCUUUGGUUGCUGAAAUGCGCUCACAGUGACUUCCAAGGGCUUCAAAACAUGGAAUUUACCAGAAUAUCACCGUCUGAUGAAGAGCAGUCUUUUACGGAUAUUGAUGACCUCCAUUAUUCGUUGCAAGCGGAGCAAGAGAAUACCCAAAAGAAAACCUUCACAAGCUGGAUCAACUCGCAGCUGGAAAAGCAUUCACCACCUUCCUUUAUCUUGGAUUUGUAUGUGGACAUCGGAAAGGGUCACGCACUUUUGGAUUUGCUGGAGGUCCUUUCUGGAGAGCAGCUGCCACGUGAAAAAGGAUUCAAAACUUUCCAGUGCCGAAGCAACAUUGAAAAUGCCUUGACUUUCCUAUCGAACCAAUCGAUCAAACUCAUCAAUAUCCAUGUUGCUGAUAUUGUUGAAGGGAAACCAUCCAUUGUGCUUGGUCUUAUUUGGACAAUCAUUUUGCAUUUUCAGAUUGAAGAGUUAGCCUGGACUCUGGCUGGUGGGUACGGUCACCCUCCUGUGGAGACUCCGGCUGCCACAGACAAUACCUCUCCCACAGAAAGCCCUCCGGCUAAAAGAAAUGCAAAAGCGAAAGAGCGAUGGAAGAUAUCAGCCAAGAAAGCAUUGCUCUUGUGGGCAAAGGAACAGUGCGCUAAACAUGGCUCCGUCAGUGUUGCAGAUUUCAAAUCCAGCUGGAGAAAUGGGUUGGCUUUCUUAGCUGUCAUUCAUGCCUUACGUCCAGGUUUGGUUGAUGUGGAGAAAGCAAAAGGAAGGUCCAACCAAGAGAAUCUGAAGGAGGCCUUUGAUCUUGCAGAGAAGAAACUAAAUAUUCCCCGGCUGCUUGAACCUGAAGAUGUUGAUGUCACCAAUCCAGAUGAAAAGUCCAUCAUGACGUAUGUGGCUCAGUUUCUGCAGUAUUUCAAAAGUUUACCUGUAGUUGAAGAUGAAAUGCAGGGGAAAGCGAACGAGACCUUGAGUUGGCUGGAAGCUCAAGAAACGAAGUUAACAGAGUUGCAGGCUGAAACUGACAAUGCACCCUUCUAUGAGAAAUACAAAGAGAUGAUGUCUUUUAUGGAAACAUUUGAUGAGGAGAAGAAAGCUUUCCUGCCUGUUUUGGCUUCUAAAAGGAAACCUUUGGAGCUGAGUGAAGAUCAACUGCAGAUGAGAGAAGCAUGGAACAUCCUAUCCUCACAGAUUUAUGAAUGGAAAGGAGAGCUGGACCGUUUGUUACCUCCGCCUUUAGAUACCAUUGAGUUGUGGCUCCAAGAUGUAGAACACCAGAUGGCUGAAGAUCUCCCUGAUUCCCACCAUCGCUGCAAAGCAAUAGAUGUCCUUCAAGGAAGAAUGAAAUCCCUCCAGGGCUUGAUGGCCUAUUUUGAACAGCACUUGGAGUCCCUGCUGUCCUUCGAAAACAGAAAUGAGAUAAGCAUGCCACUGGUACCUCACCAAAAGCUGGAAGAAAUUAAAAAACGGUUCAACAACAUUCAGACGAUGGAUUACAGCAUCCUUGUGGAAUACUACAACUUAUUCUGCUCAGCUAUCUUGGAGGAACUGAUCUCUAAGUUGAACAUUUGGCACAUCAAGUAUGGGACCAAAGAAGAGAUUGAGUCACUCCUUUCAGAUUGGCAGGAUUUUAUUGAAGAAAAGGGAUUUGUUAGUCAACUAGAAGUGGCAUUUAAAACCUGUGAAAAGAAGAAGAACAGACUCAUCAGGACUUCUGUUUUGGGAGUUGAUCCUGAUGACAUAAACAAACAAUUCAAGAUGCUAGAAUCUCAGAUUUCAAGGUGCAAAGAAUACAUAUACAAUGUGAACGAAACUCUGCAAAAGAAAAUAUCAUCCUGGGCCAUCUAUACAGAAAAUGUCCAACUACUAAAAGAAUGGCUGGAAAAGACACGGAAAGAACACCCCAAAAAGGUUCCCACAGAGACCCUGGCAGCCUGGAACUCUAGACACGGAUCUUUAAAUGAAGCCGGGAACUUUCUGGUUGAAUGCAGCAACGAGGAAGUGGGAUCAGUUGUUUCGGCAGAACUCAAAAACCUGAACACAAAAUGGGCCAAACUUAUAAAGAAGACACAGUUUGAGAUGAGAUUGCUGAAGAUGCAGCAGGAGGAGAUGGGCUUAACGUCUGACAACAAUGAGAAUGUUGAUUCUCCUCCAGUGAAAGCAGACAUUGUUGACAUGCCUGGGCAUCAGUUGAAUGUCUCAGAUGAGGCUCUUGAGAAUAUGAAGAUUUCCCCAGCUACGCCUUGCACUGAUUCCGUUGCAUCUGAAGCAUAUUUGUCAGAACAAGAGGUCAAACUGAACUUUGAGGAUUCUCAUAAGAAGCUGGAAGCUACUGUUUUGAAAGCGAUGCAACAGCUUUGCCGUGAAAAAGGUCCCGAGAGAUCAAUGUCCAAAUAUGAGGAAGCUUUUAGCAUCUUGGAUGCCAGCAUCCUUGGCGAGUUUUUGAAAGCUGCAGAACAAUUGAAAGACAUUUCAGCCGCUCACGACAAAGCUGUGGUGGAGGAAAAGAGCAAAGAUGUCCGUGAGAGAUGGGAGGCAGCUCGCAGAGAAAUCAUAUCCUAUAUGCAGUUUAAGAUGGAAGUUGAAAGAGGGCAAUUGAAUAAAAUGUUUACCAAGCUGAAUAAGCAGAUAAAUAAAGAGAAGAGGCUGCUUAAUGCUGGGAGAACUAAGGGACUUCUUGAAGAACACGAGGACAUGUUUUCUCAGCAAGGCAGGAUGGGCAAGUUGAACAGUUGCUUACAAGCAAUGAAAAUGAUGAGUGAGAAAUUGGCCAUAGAAGAAAACGAAUCUGAAACUAAAAUGCUGGUUGCAGAAUAUGAGCAGAGGAAAGAAGACCUUCAGAAACGUGCGUCAGCUGUGUAUAAUGCUCUGGUGUCCAGGGCCUGUGAGGACCUUUCAUCCAAAAGAGGAGGUAAAGUGCUAGCUUCUGCCAAUGGAGAAAAGGCAUCUUCUCAACCUCCCUAUGAUGGUAUUUCUGCUGAAAAGAACCCAGCGAGUAUUUCCGGUAUAAAAUUGGAAGCAAAAGAGAAACUUCACAAUGGAGGACAUCAUGCAAAGAAGAGUAGAAAAGAUGAAAGCUUGGAUCUAGAAGUGUUAAAAGAGAGUUAUGACCGAGCAAGACAUACAUUGAAGCUUCACUUAAGCAGUGUUAGAGAGAAUAUAGCUCCUGCUUUUACUCUUGACAUAAAAGAUGCUUCUUGUCUCCAGAAUAAGCUGAAUGAGUUAGAGGCCUUGGAGAGUCAAAGCGAGUCUUCCUGGAAAGUGCUUGAAUCCAUGUGUAUCAUGCUAGAAAAGAGUUCGGGUGAAAUGGGGAAACCUGACGCCUUUGAACAAUCUCAGGAAGAAUUGUGCAGAGAAUGGAAAGAGCUCCAGUCAACUUUAAAUAAAAGGAUGGAAUCUUUAAGGACCGUUUUGGCCCUUGUCUUGCCAGUUGAAAAUGAGCUGAUUCAACUAUGCAAUUCAGAAGAACAGCUUCGCAAAAAGGACAUACCACAGGGCCUGCUAUUGAAUAGGGAUCUUCCACAUAAAAAAGUGAAGAAUAUGCAGGCAUCUAUAGUAAAAUGUAUUGAGUGGUGCAACCAGAAAAAGCAAAACAACCCCACAGGAGGGACGGUUGACCCAGCAGACUGGCAAGUGGCAAGCACCAUGAUCAGUCAAUACAAAAUGCAGUUGGAAGAACUGGGACAUAAGAUACACACAGUUGAAACAAUCUUGCAAGAUCUUGAAACUUUCCAGACGUACCUGAGGAAGGUGAGUGGGCCCGUGGAGGCCUCAGACCCCCUCAGUCAUCCUCAGCAACCCACAGAGUGCCUUGUCCAACAAGAGGUAUGGAAGAUGCAGAAAGAGGCCAGAUCUCUGGAUGACAGGUUGACACGUGCCCGUAUCCGCUUGGAAGACCCAGAUUCGGGUAAAAAGAUGAGCUUCAAAGAACUCGUUGCAACUUUCUGUGCAAAGGGAAUCCCAACUGCCAGCUCUGCGGAGACACUGGAGGUUGUCCAGAACCAGGACGUGCAGAACCAGGUUGUCCAGAACCAGGAAGAAUUUCCACUAAAGAGCAACGAACUCUAUAAAAACAUCCAAGAGAUACGUGAUAAAAUGUGUAAGAUAGGCUUGAGGGAUCCGACAAUCCAUGCCGUUCAGCAAAGGUUGAAAUCAUUGGCUGAACUCAAGCAGAUGUUUGAUCGCUGUGCUGCAGACAUGGGUUCUUUAAGUGAAACGGCCAGCUGUCUUUCCCAGAAAGAGCUCAAGCACCAGUGGAGUCGUACAGAGGAUUUAUGGAAGGAAACCAAGCUCUCCAUUUCUGAAAAGCUGGAACACUGUGGCCGAGUGAUGGAGCUCUUGAAGAAGUAUCACAGUUGCAAAAACUGCCUCAUGAGCAUCAUUCUGAAGCAGGAACAUGUCUUGUCCCAGCAAACGUCUUACAUGGGGAAAGCGAACCUUCAAAGGAUAACUGCCAAGGUCAACAAGGCAAAGCAGGAAUUUAAUAAUCAUUCGGAAGAUGUUGACCGAAUAAACCAGAUCUGCAAAAACCUUCAGUCCCAGUUGAACAAAAUUAAGAGCUUUGAGGAGCCGCCCUUCGAGAAUGAGGCUAACGCUAUUGUGGACAGAUGGCUGGAUGUCAAUGAACGGACUGAAAACUAUUGUGACAGUUUGGGAAGAGCUCUGGCUUUAUGGGACAAGCUCCUUAAUUUGUCUAGCUUGAUUGAGGAAUGGUCAAAUGCACAGCUGAAGAACUUAGAAGAUGGCAGCCCGACCGAGAAGGAGCUGGCAGAGUUGGAGGCUGGUAUAGAGUUCCAGGAGAAGAACUUGGAAGAAUUUGACACAAAGGUGGCUGAAAUUCAAAUUCUCCUCAACGGCAGUGAACCUCCACUUGAAUUACAGGUCAUCAAAUCCUCUCUUUUGAACAAAAUGGAACUAAUAAGAAAGCACUUACCAAACAAGUCAAUACCCGCUGAACUCAAUGGCAAUACAGCGGAGCUAAAAGGAGACCUUGACCUGGCCAAGACGCAGAUUGGAAUGACGGAAUCGCUUCUGAAAGCUUUGUCUCCUUCUGACACUCUGGAGAUCUUUACUAAAUUGGAGGAUCUCCAUCAUAAGAUUCUACAACAAAAACACCACGUGGAGUCACUUCAAAAAGGGCCGGGUUAUUUGAACCCUGAAGUGACUGAAUUACAGGAGCAACUUAAAAGUGUCACUGACUUAUUUAAUUCAAAGAAGCAAAUCUUUCAGGAUCACUUCACUACUCUCUUGAACUAUCAAUGUAAGAAUUUUGAUGACUGGUUCAGCAGUACCCAGCUCUCUCUGGAGGAGUGUUUUGAAACCUCAGAAACGAAGGAGAUGCUAGAAGACAAAAUUCAACGGCUGAGGAGCUUCCUCACUUCUGAAGGGAAAGACAGGGAUAUCCAGGAGGUGAAAACUCUCUUGAGCCAAGUGAAGCACUACUUGCCCAAAGCAACUGUCGGCCAGCUGAGCAGUUGGGUGAGGGACAAAGACGUGGCAUUGCGGAAAGUAACUUCCAGAUGUCAGGCAGAAGAAGAGGAGCUCUGCAUCUCUUUGCAGCGGUUUGCUAGGCUUGAAGAUGACUGCAGCAGCCUGACAGAAUGGCUGCAUCUUCAGGAACUGCAAGAGAGUCAAAUAGAGAGGCCAGAAUAUGAACACUUUUAUCAAACACUACUGAAAAAGAGAGAGUCAUUUGAUUCUUUUGCUUGGCUGAUCAAUUCUUUGAGAAGCUCUGGAUUCACCUGCGAUGAAGUGGUGCUAGAAUCUGCUCAGCUUGUCAGCAAGUACAAGAUGUUGCUUGGACAUAUACGUAAAAACCUUGGGGUUUCUAAGGUACUAUCAGCAGAAGGGAAGAAUUUUGAAGAACUUGCCCAAAAUGUAUUCUCCUGGGUGCAAAACAUGAAUGAGUUGGUCCUCAGGCUGAGCUCUGAAGACUCAAAGACAUCUUUGGAAGAAAAGCUAUGCCAAUUGAAGGAAAUUGUUUUGCUGAAAGAGGAAGGCAAUGCCAAACUAGAAAAUGUUGCCGCUCUGGGAGAAAACGUCAAGAGUGCCAGUGGCAGCAACAAUGAAGCCGUUCAGCAAAUGCUUUCUGAUGUCCAAAAUCAGUGGGAGAGCACCAUCCAUCUGGCUACUGAAUGUCUGAGGCACCAAAAACAACUCCAGCAACAGAGGAAGCAACAGAGGAGGGGAAAAGAUGAUGCAAGAGCAGUGCCAUGCGAUUCUGAGACACAAAAUCAAGAAAUAAGUCUUGAUCUGUAUCUUGACUCUGAGGAGAUGCAAAGUCAGUUUUCCAACUAUUCAGCCCUUCAAGAGGAAGCUGAAGAUUUAACCUUACUCUUAAAUGAACUAGCAAGGCAGCACAGUUCCUUCGGGGUUUUCACUGAUGAUUCAUUCUCAGAGGAAUCAUUGGUGGCCUUGCAACAACUCCACGGAAGUCUUGUAAACCGAUUACAGAGUACAGCAAUACUCUUAGAAGGCCAUGCAGAAGAAUACCAGCGUUGCAAAGAGCUGAUGGCCCACCUGAGAGCUACUCUGGAUGAGCUCUGGGAUCCCAACGAUGAAGAGCCAAAGCAGAUACAGCAAGAUACUCUUUGUCGAAUUGAAGACACACUUCAGGGGAUUAUAGCUGACAUUGAAAUCCUCAAAGAGGAGAUGUGUAUUAAGGAUGAGAUGGAUGCACCACACAGUAUAUGCAAGAAGCAUCUUAAAAUUAAAGUUGGGAACAUGGAAGAAGAGACUAGGAACAAUGCCUUCAAACAAAAUAACCUUUUUUCUGAUGAUGGGCAAACUCAAGAGACAACAGAGAAACUUUUCUUUGAUGCUGAAGAGAACAAUGCAAUGGAAGUCCAAGAAAGAAGACCAGUCUCAGGAGUAGAACUAGUUUCCCAGAAGAACCUUUUGCCUGAAGACAAAAUCCUUACGGAAUAUGCUGAGAUGGAACGAAAGGUCAAUGAGAUGAAGCUCCGGACUGCAGAGUUAGAUAUUGUGUUGGUGAAUGAUCAUCUCAAAGAAAUUGAGUCGUUGUGUGCUCAUCUGAAAAAACAGAGAGCUGAAGCUUUGUCACUGUUACAAGGAGAGCACGCAAAAGCUGGAGGAAGAAGCAAGUCAGAUCCACAACAUGUGGCUUCUUCCAGGUGGGAUAAACUGCUGCAGGAUUUAAUGGCUGUUAAAAAGGCCAAGGAAGAACAGCUGGAUUUAGUUAAUAACUAUCAAGAAUGCUUUGCUGCUGUCCAAUCUUCAAUGAAACGUUUCUCGGCAGAAAAAGAGAACCUAAAAAUAAGGGGACCAAUGGAGGAUACCAUUGUCCUUGAGAACAUUAAGAAGUGCUUGACCUCCAUAGAAGACGAGAGAGUACUUCUGAACAAGCUGAAAACUGAACAAGAAAGUCUAUCUAGACAUCUAACCAAGAUGGACAAAGCAUUAAUAGAAAGCCAAGUGGAUCAAGUAGAGAGAUGGUGGCAGCAAAUGGAAGACUCGCUUCAAAAGAAACAGCUUUGGGUUUUGGCAGAAGCCGAUGAAUUCAAGCUCUUUACAGACAAAAUGCAGGAUCUCCAAAAUAAGAUCCAAGAGCAGCACCGAUUGCGAACAGGCUUGGAUGCACCCAAUGGAGGAGACUCUGUGUGCUCAGCCCUGAUGGGCCCAGAACUACAAAUGCUCAAACACAGUGUUUGUUUGUUGAGAAGAGGCAUUGAAAUGCAGAUGAAAAGGAUUUGGAGUGAUGCAGGGAAAACAGCUCUCGAAAGUCAAAUAAACAAUUUGCAGAACCAAGUGGAUGAACUGGAGCAGCUGACUCCGAAAGAGGAAGUCCAGAUGAUGGGCAACUAUUCUCACAGGCCGGAAAUUGCCAAGAAGAUCGAAGAGGCCAUUUUAUGGGCAAGAGACUUAGAGCUCCAGCUUGAUGAGAAGGCAGCGCUUUUCCCAGGUGAGCUGAUGCUGCAGAUCCAAAGCUGCCAGGCUCUGAUCAAUGUUGCUAAAGAGAAAGAGUCGGCUGUUAUGAAGCUGGUGGAGGAAGCCCGUCUUGUCGCUCCCCAGCUGGUGCCCAGGGAAUUUUCCGCUCUCGGCCUCCUUGCACGUGAGUUGCAAACCUGUCACCGGCGUCUCGUGCUGAAAUUGGUUCAGAGGGUGCAGCAGCUGAAACCACAGUUUGAGAAGAGACAAAAGCUUUUUGCAGAUGUAGAAAAAGCUCAGAGCCAACUUUGGAAGGCGGAGAGCAUGUCCAGACUCGAUGCAGGCGAAGCAAGUGUCGAGUCCGAGAUGGAUCCAUGGCAAGUUGUCUCGGAAGAGCUCUCUCAGGAGAUUCAGGAAACGGAAGGAUUAGUCGAUGCAAAUUGCAAAGAUCCACCUCAGGGGCUAAAAAUAUUUGAGCAAUUAUUUCUCAGUGAUUGUUUACGAAGCUUCAGGAGCAGAGCAAAAAGAGCCCUCAGGCUAAUCCAGAUUAAGGAUUUUACAGUACAAAACAAGAUAGAUACCUGUGAAAAAUUAUCUGAAAAAAUCAUAGCACUUCAGCGGGAUCUCAGCAGCCUUUGCCUUCAGUGUAAUGAGCUGGAACUGGAUCAAAAGAAACUGUUCCCUAUGAAUCAAGAGUUUAAGAGUAAAUGGAAUGCACUUAGAGAAAGAACUAUAUCAAUUCUGGAAUGUUUGACAAACCUAGACAGAUACAAGGAGAUCUGGGAAUUUCUGGGUCUGAACUGGGAUGCAUCGUGCCUUGGAGAAUUGCAAAGCCAGCUGUGCAAAAUGAAAAAUCACCUUGAGCAGAGGGUCAAAUGCUUUGAGAGCUUUUCCACAGAGUACGACAGACAUCAAACGGCACUUAAUGAAGCUGAGACUAUUGUAUCUAAUAUACAGAGAAACUGCAAUGCCCUGAAAGACUGUUCAGAUGUCACCUCUGAAACCAAUCUGAUACCAGAAAAGAUUUUGAGCUGGCGAGUGCAGCAUGGCAAACGCUUAACUCAGGAGGCACUCAGAAUAUUAGAUAAAAAUGAAUCUCUUUCCAUCCCUCUCAAAGAGGCCAAAAUGCAGGAAAUAAAGAGCUUGAGGGCAAAAAUAGAAGGAGUAACUCAGAUGAUCGAAUCCAGGAUGUUGGCUGCUCAAGAAAAGCUUCAACCUGAACAAGGGCUUCGGAGCAUUGUGAAUCACAGUUUGGUGACCUUAAAGCAAAUUCAGUCUGAGCUCCAACAGCCCCUUUUGCUUGACUUGGAGAUUCAGAUGAUUCCCUGUGAAAGGAUGUAUUGCGAAGUGCUUGAAAAUGCAGCAGAAGCAGAAUGUUGUGCUGUGGAAGAGUUAUUACAAAGAGAGUCUGAGGAAGAAAAAAGCCCCUUCCUUGAUAUUUUGGGGACAGAACUAGAGACACUGAGAAAUCUGAAAAAAGAGUUGAAAGCUGAUAUUGCUUCACGUAGGGAUGCCAUAGAUGAAGCCUUUGGGACUGUGAGGUGUUACAGUGAAGCUGUGCAAAAAGCUGCUGGUCUCUUUCGUCAGUGUGAAGACCUUCUUUCUAGUCCUGCGCUCAGCUUGGAUGAACUGGAAGAGGAAUCUCUCCUCCCCAUUCUCCAGACACAAGAGCAGUUUGAGGCUGCAAAGACUGAAGUGGAAGCUUUGACUUCUGUGUUGGAAAAGCAAGUUAAACAAAGAGCCAAUCUGCAUCUGCAAAAAACACUCGGGGAACUUGUUGCUGGGAACUUAAUAGUAGCAGAAAAGGCUCAAAAAAGAAGAUCUGAUUUGAUGAGAUGUUUGGAAAAAUACCAACACUUCAAAAAAUCCAAAGAUUCGAUCUGUGCUGAUCUUAAUGAUGUGAUAAAGGUUCUUCAGAAAGCUAUGGGCCACAUUCCAGUGUCUUAUAAAGAAGCUUUAGAACUGUCAGAACAGAGCAAGAUGCAGGUUUCCCGACUUGUUUCAACCGAAGAGGAUCUCAUGAAGCUGAGGCAAGAUUCAGGACACCUGAGUUUGAUGUGCAAAGAAAGCGAUGGCUUGCUGAUGUGCACCGUUGCGUCAACACUGUGGCUAAAGUGGCUUUAUCUACUUAAUGCUGCAAAAGAAUGGGAGGGCACAUGUGAAGAACAGAGCCAAGAAUGGAAAUCCAUCAGUGAAGAAAUGGAACGAGAAACAAUCAUUCUAGACAAUCUACAGGACGAACUGCCUGAAAACCCAAAAGAAAAGGAAAGUGCCACUAAAGAAGAGCUGGAUGAAUUCCUGGAUUGUGCAAACUAUUACAAGGAAAGCUUGGAUGCUGAGAAGUUGUUGCUGCGCCUGAUCCUUCAGCGCUUAAGGAGCAUCCUGGGUGUCCCCGAAAGCCCUCCUGGGAAGAAAGAAGACAUUCCUGUUGUGCAUGAAAUUCAGGCCAUGCAAGAGCGGAUCAAAGAGAUCCGUGAAAAGGUUCAAAAGCAAAAGGAUGCUGUGCAGUUGGAAAAAGAAGACCGGGCCAAAGUUAAUGAGGAAAUACAUGCCGUGAAGAGUUCAUUAGAGAAUACACUCUCUUUGCUCCACAGCGUAGAUGGAGAAACCCUUAAUGAAAAGGCAGCAAAAAUUGAGGAGAUUCAGAGAGUCAUCGGUCCUCAGAAGCAAACUCUUGAGCGGAUCAUGGAGAAAUUACGGAUCAAGUAUGCUGACAUGUAUACGAUAGUUCCUGUGGAGAUUGAAACGCACUUGGAAGAUUGCAAAGAAACACUGAAAGACCUGGAAGAAAAGGUCAGCGAUGAACUCCUGAAGAACUCCCCUCGCUAUAUUACAGAUAAAAAAAUUGAAGACAUUAACAAAGGCCUUCAAGCUGUUGAAAACAUGUUACAACAGAAGAGCGAGGGCAUUGAGAAAGCCAAAGAGAUCCAGAAGAGAAUCUGGGAUCUGCUCGAUCUUUGGCAUUACAAAAUGAAUGAGCUGGAUGCAGAAGUUCAGGACAUAAUCGAGCAAGAUCCCUGCCAGGCUCAGGAUCUGAUGGAUCGCUUGAUGAUUCCUCUGCAGCAAUAUCAGCGAGUCUCACAGCUGGCUGAACGUAGAACUACAAACUUAAACAGGGCUUCUAGCAAGAUGGAAGAAUGCGAUGAACUGCUGAAGAGCACCCAGGUUUGGAUUGAAAGCACCAAUAAUUUGCUCACAGAGGAAUGCCAAGGCGACUCUGCAAAAACUUUGACUAAAUAUGCCACUUCACUCCAGAUUGCAUUUGAAGAUUCAGAACAAAAGGAAACCCUUCUCAGUGCCAUUUAUCCAGAAUUGGAAGAGUUGUCCACUUUAGUCGAAACCGAUGCUCUGUUGCGGGAGCUGAAUAACGUCGGCAAGGAAGUUAAAGCCUUACAGGAAAAGAUAAUGGGCAUUCUUCCACAUAUCCAGCAUUUGGCUGAUGAGGUGGAAGCCGUUGAAUCUGAAGUGAAAAAAAUGGAGAAGGAUGUAGACAAAAUCAAGACCAUCUUGUCCCCUUCAGAAGACACGCUCGAUUUUUCUCCUAAGGAGCAUCUUAAACACGGCCAGGUGAGUAGAAGUGUUUUGUUAAACAGCACUGGCAGAGUUAUCAUGGUCCAUAUCAGUGCUAUGCAAAACCAACUUAUGGAAAUGCAAUCCUAUGAAGAAAACUUAAAGUUACCAAAUAUGAGGGUGCAACCUUUGUGUGUGUUCCAAAGAAUGAAACAUCUCCUGAAAGAGUUGAAGAGAUUGGAAAGAAUUACCCAGACACAAAAUUCACUGCUUGAGCCAAUUGUGAAAGAGGUUGAAGCCAACGAGCAAGAAACGGACUGUGUGAAACAGCUCCUGUUCCCAAAGAGUGACUUGGGUGAAUCGUCUGCAGACUUCCCAUGGCCUGGUGAGGCUGCGCCCCAAAAUGAGGGCGUGGAGAUGGAGGAGAUAAAGCAACGGAUUGCCAUACUGUGCCAGAAGAAAGAGGACAUUCUGAUGUCUAUGAAGAACUCUUUGAUGGAGCUUCACAAGCAGCAAGAGCAACCUGAUCUGGAGGAUGACACUGAGGAAUCGCAAGAGUCAGAGGAAAAUGGAGAUGGUGCAGCAUGGCAGCCAAAGAAACGAGGGUCGGUAUCCUUUUUGCCUUCCUUGGCUGAAGAAGCUGAAGACCGUUCAUUCCACAAUUCCCAGGGUGAUGCUGAUGAGCCCAGAGACAUGCACGUUAAACCUGACCGGGAGAGCAACGCCUUGUCCUUUCACAGAAGAUGGAAUGAGGAGGAAAAUCGUGGUAAUCAGAUGAAGGGCAAACCCUCCACUGAAGUCACAAAUGCUCCAGAAUGCUUUCGGACAUCGCUUCAAGAAUCCAAGGAAAUUGUGGACUCCGAUGGAUCUGAGUCUGACCCUGUGCAGGUCCUCCAUGUGUGCCAGGCACAAAUUGCAGAGCUGGAAAUGAGGAUAAAAGAGGCCAAGAAGUCCUUGGGGUCAGAAGCCCAGACUGGUCAAAUGCAGCAAGCGGUGGAGCAGCGUCUUGCUGCGUGCCAGAUCAUGUUAUCAGAGAUUGAACAGAAAGUGACGUGUCUAUUGGAAAAUUGCAAAGACAGGCCUGCCAGCGAUCGCCCAAACCUCCAGGAAGAAGCCGAGAGCCUUUCCCUGAAGCUUAGAGAUGUGAAGCUCAGCUUGGAAAAAGUCCAGGGCAUGCUCCAAGAUAAACAUGUGGAAGAAGAGGGAAGCCUUGGAGAAAAGACCUCGGAGAUCUCCUCACAACAUCUCUGCUUUGGUCUUUCCAGUAUAUUUCCACUCAUUUCCUCAGACAGACCUGUGCUCAGCAAGACAAAUGGUUUACAGCACCAGCAGGAGCUCUUCUCAGAACUCUCUGAACAAAGCAAUCUGAUUGACUUCAUUGAAGUGUAUGUGGGGAAGAUGCAGCCACAAUCUGAACACAGCACAAAUUUGGAGUUGCAACCAAGCCACGAGGCACCAGUUUCAAAAGAUGAGCCCAAUUUUCUAACGCCAAAGGAUCAAACGGGUGACAAGUGGCAAUAUUUGCAAGAACAGCUGUUGUGCAAGAAGAGUCCUCUUCACUUUGAGCUUAUUGAACCUCAGAUCUCUACCAAAAUAAAUAUUCUGCCCAAGGGUGCCACAUCAAGUGUGAAAACGCCAACCGUUGAGGAGCUGAAAAAGUACACCGCAGAACUUGGCAGCCUAAGCCAGAUACAGGAAAAUGUAGCAGGGGAUGUUUCGUUGAGCUUGGAUGAGAAACUCUUUGAGCUGCUCCUGGCCAUCAGCCGCUGCCUAAAUAACAUGGAGCAGAUGUUAAGCACCUCCGCACUCACCAGCGAAGAAGCUCCCGUGCAACAGAUACUCUACGAGACUCUUUCUGCAGAACUACAAAAGCUUCAUGCAGAUAUUGGGGAUAAAAAGGAAGAUCUUUUGAAGUCGAUCACUUCCGCUGGUGGUAACCCUGAGAGAUUCUCUCAGUGUUUUAGCAACUUGCAGGCGUGGCUACAACAGACAGAAGCGGCCACUGCUUCUAGGAGCAAAUGUAUGAAAACCGACUUGGACCGUUACAGUUUCUAUCAGAAUGAAAUCAGGGAAUUGUAUGAUGAGUUGAUUAAGAAGAAAUCCGUGAUGCAACAGUCCUUUGGUGCAACGAGUAGCCAUGACAUUUCCAUGACGCUUCAGAUCACAAAAGACUAUGAGUUGGAACUGCAGAACUUUGAGACUCGGAUAGCUAAACUAAGAGAUCACGGAGAAAAACUUCCUUUGCCUGUUGCCCUAGUCCAUGAAGUAGAUAAAUUAGAGGAAGUGCUGGACGACCUUUGGAAGAUCUUGAGAGCCAAACAGAGGGAGCUAACAUCUCCGUUUAUUAGCGAGCAACAGUAUGAAGUUUUGUUACAAGGACUAGCAGAGCUCACAGAUCUUGGGCGAGAGAAAAUUAUUCAGAUAUCCAGCCUGAAAGCUACCAACCAGGCUAAUUUACAGUUUCACCUUAAAAAUCAUAAGAGCUUUUUCUGUAACCUUAAGACUCACAUGCUGCUUGUGCAAAUGUGCUCCCAAAAAGUGGCACCUUCAGUAUUACAAAAGCGAGAGAAAUCCUGGAAGGAGUUGGAAAAGAAUAUCGAUUCAUUGGAACAGCAAGCGAUCCAACACGGAACCUGUCUGGAAAUGCUAUCACAGGACUGGAUAGAAUUUGACGAGAGUUAUGCGUCCUUCUGUCAAAAACUGGAGGCACUCUCUUCUGAGGUCCCUUCUGUGAGUCUGGUGGAAGGAACAGAGGAAAGGCUGAUGGAAAGAACUCAACUCCUCCAGCAAAUCAAGAAGAAUAUUGAAAAAGAAAAGGCCAGGUAUGGUCAGCUAGUGAAAGAAGGGAAGGAUUUGAUGGAGCUUCUGAACUGUCCUGAAUUGGAAAGCCAAGUUGGAAAGCUACAAGAGCAAUGGGCAUCUCUUUCUCAAAAAGUUGGCCAUGAGCUAGAGAGACUUGAUCGUUUACUCAGACUCUUAUCCAGCUACAACCGAGAAUCCAAGGAUUUGGAUCGCUGGUUGGCAGUAGCUCAACAGCGUGUGAAUGACUGGAAGGAGCAGUCGCUCGAUGCAUCCCAGGAGCUCAGCACCGUCAGAGACAAUUUACAGAGCUUGCUUGAAUUCACUAAAGAAAUUGAUGAAAAAUAUUCCUUGAUGUCAUCAGUGCAGAGCACUGGCAAUCAGCUCUUGCUUAUUAAGGAAUCAGAUUCUGCGGUGCUGCGGUCGUCCUUGACAGAGUAUGAACAGAAGUGGGCUGAUCUGACCACCCAGUUGCCAGGCAUCCAAGAGAAGUUUCACCAGCUCCAGAUGGCAAAGCUGCCAUCUCAUGAGGCCAUCACAGAAUUGACUGCCUGGAUGAACCAGAUUGACCAACUAAAGAGCAACAAGGCUACUAUUGAUCUGCAGAGUUCUGCAGGCCAAGUAAAAAACCUGCUUAAAGAAUACAAGGAAUAUCUGUUAGAAAUGAAUUUCAAACAGUGGGUAGUGGAUUAUGUCAACCAGUCACUACUACAGAUGACGACUUGUGAUGUUGAAAGCAAGCGCUACGAGAGGACAGCCUUCGCAGAGCGUCUGGGGGAGAUGAAUUUGCAGUGGCACAAGCUACAAGGGGCUCUUAACGAAAAGAUAAAGGAAUUGGAACACAUUUUGGAGUCUGUUACUGAAAAAGAAAGCAAAGCCCAAUCCUUAGGCAGCUGGCUAGAAGCACAAAGCAGCCGGCUCAGUGAGGCAGAGAAGCCAGCAAGUUCUUUCUUUGCACAGGAUACAUCAGAAUUCUGUAAGGAGGUAGAAAAUGAGCUUGCAGCUAAAUCAAAGGAUGUGGACCAAUUGAAACAAAUGUAUGCACUUGUAGAACACAAUACCAAAGCUUCUGAGAAGCCUGUGUUAGAUAUCAAUCAUUUGGCGGAACUGAGGGCUAAUGUAUGCAACCAGCUUGCGCAGUUGAAGACUUCGACACAAUCUGCUUUGGAGAACUGGAGAAUAUAUGAUGAAGUCUGGGGAGAAGUCAGGCAGAUGCUUGCAAGAGCUUUGUAUUACAGUGAGCACAGCAAGCCUGCAGUGAUUACCUUUGAGACUGUAAAAAACCAAGUAGCAAAUCUCCAGGGUCUCCAAGAUAAAACAGAAAAUGAUGAAGAAAUCUGGGCUAGGCUCCAAGCUACUGUGGAUAACCUUAAGAAGCUGUGUGAUCCCUUGUUUUUACAGCUUAUUGAACAGAAACACCAAAAGGCACGGACAAGAUGGGCAUUGAUAAACAAAGAAAUUGAAGAUCAACUGCAGAAAGCACAAACUUAUUUGCCCUUUUGGAAAUCGUAUGUUGGUGUGUAUGCUGAGGUGUCUGCCAAACUGGACAAACAUGAAGAACAGUGCAAUUCCCUUUUGGCAGUAAACAUACCUGCAGGCUGUACAAGAGACUUCCUCAAAGAGAAAUCACAGGAUGUGAAGAAGCUACAACGUGGCCUUCAAAACCUCAAAAGGAGCAGCCUCCAGGUUUCUGAGCUGGCAGAUCAAAUUGUUCAGCUGGUAGAGCCAACAUCACAGCCUCUUCUUCUGGAGAAACUCCAUCCACUUCAAAGGGCCUCCCGUUUGGAAAAGAUGUUGCAGAUGAAAGCAAGUGAAUUUCAGUUUGCCCUUUUGCAACUAGAGGAGUUUGAGAAGUGUCUAGAAAAACUGGAAAACCACCUUAAAGGUUAUACAGAAGCACAAGAUCAUCUAAAUCAAGAAGAUGAUGGCUCAGACCAUUUCAUGAGCCAGAUGUUGGGCCUCACUGCUUUGUCACCUGAAAUGGAGACUCUGAACGAAGUCAGUUUUAAGUUACCUCUCAGCGAUGUCACUGCAAAGAGUUUGCAAAACCUGAACUGGCAGUGGUCCCAGAAGACAGCCAUGGUCCUGGAACAAUGCAGUGAGCUGCAAACCAUUCAGGCGGAUGACAAAGCAUUUCUCCAACAAUGUCAAAAUUGGGUGCAUUUCCUGGAGAGAAUGAAGGAAGGUUUGAAAGAGAACGUGGCAGGCACAACUGAGAGGCUGAAGGAGCAGCAGAGAGAAUAUGAGAUACUGCAAGCAGAGAUUUCUGUUCAUCAGCAGAUUUUCAACUGUAUUAUGUCCAAAGCUCUGCAAAUGCUUGAAUCAGGAGAAGCAGAAAACAGGACCGAGUUUAUCUCCAAACUCACCGUGUUGAAGGAACAAUGGCAAAGUGUCGUCCACAUGGCUCAGAAGAGAAAGAGCCAAAUUGAUACCCUUGUAAAGCAGUGGCAGAAAUUCACAACCUUGUCUCAGGACCUCAGAAGAUUUCUCACAGAUACAAAUGGCUUCAUAGCUGCUACAAAGAGCCAGGACAAGUACAGCUUAGACCAAGUUAGGACUCUGAGUCAUGAUUUCAAGAACAAACAAAUCCUUCUUCGGAGAUGGCAAAACAGGUACUCAUUGGCCUUGGACAUGGGUAGAAAUUUACUUGGGGCGGCAGCCCGUGAAGCAAAAGCUGCCAUUCAACACGAGAUGAGCCAGUUGCAGGAGAGCUGGGGCAAUACACAACUUCAAGUGGAGAAGAUGACAAAACAACUUCAAAGCACUAUAGAGACUUGGGAGAAUUGUGAAAAGCAAGUGGAAGAGUUAGGCCACAAUCUUCAAAAGCUCAAGGCAGAAGUAAAAAAUCCUCUCCCAGGAGAACAUGAUGACCUGCAGGCAGCCAAAGAACACGUCAAGGACCUGGAGCAGUCCCUUGCCAACUGGAAUCAAAGGGCGAAAGAGCUUGGCACCAGGAACGCGGAUCUGGCUCACUACCUCCUUGCGGAAGAUGUGAUGGUGCUGAAAGAGCAAGUCCAGCAUUUGCACAGACAGUGGGAAGAGCUCUGUCUCAGAGUUUCUCUGCGUAAGCAAGAGAUAGAGGACCGACUUAACGCCUGGCUUGUGUUCAACGAAAAGAACAAAGAGCUGUGCUCUUGGUUGGUGCAGAUGGAGAGCAAAGUGCUCCAGUCGGGCGACAUCAGCAUUGAAGACAUGAUAGACAAGUUGGAGAAGGACUGCAUGGAAGAAAUCAACAUGUUCAGUGAAAACAAACUACUUCCUCUCAAGCAAAUGGGGGACCAGCUGAUCAAGGACAGCAACAAGAGCAGAGUGGCUGAAAUUGAUGAGAAACUCAAUAAAAUUAAUGACCGGUGGCAACAUCUCUUUGACGUCAUUGGAGGACGGGUGAAGAAGCUGAAGGAGACUUUUACAUUCAUACAGCAGUUGGACAAAAACAUGAGUAAUCUCCGCACCUGGCUGGCCCGCAUUGAGUCUGAACUCUCCAAGCCCGUUGUUUAUGACAUCUGUGAUGACCAAGAGAUACAGAAGAGGCUUGCAGAACAGCAGGACCUGCAGCGGGACAUUGAACAGCACAGCGCAGGUGUAGAAUCGGUGUUCAGUAUCUGUGAGGUCUUGCUGCAUGAUUCGGAUGCUUGUGCCAAUGAGACUGAGUGCGACUCCAUCCAGCAGACUACAAGGAGCUUGGACCGGCGAUGGAGAAACAUCUGUGCCAUGUCUAUGGAAAGGCGAAUGAAAAUUGAGGAGACUUGGUGCCUAUGGCAGAGGUUUUUAGAAGAUUACUCUCGCUUUGAAGAUUGGCUGAAGACAGCAGAAAAAACAGCAGCAUAUCCUAACUCUUCUGAGGUUUCAUACACAAAUGCUAAGGAAGAGCUCAAGAAGUUUGAGGCGUUUCAGCGGCAAAUCCAUGAACGGCUGACUCAGCUGGAGCUGAUCAAUAAGCAAUACCGGCGAUUGGCCCGGGAAAACCGCACAGAUUCAGCCAGCAAACUCAAGCAAAUGGUGCAUGAGGGCAACCAGCGCUGGGACAACUUGCAGAGACGUGUUGCUGCCAUUCUCAGGAGACUUAAGAAUUUUACCACUCAAUGGGAAGAAUUUGUGGGCACAAAGGACAGUGUCCUCGUGUGGUUGACUGAAAUGGACCUGCAACUGACAAACGUGGAGCAUUUCUCAGAAAGUAACUUCGAUGACAAAAUGCGGCAGCUAAAUGGUUUCCAGCAGGAAAUAAUGCUCAACGCCAAAAAGAUUGACCAGCUCACUGAAUUUGGGGAGCAUUUGAUUCAGAAAAGUGAGCCAUCAGAUGCUGUUGUGAUUGAAGAAGAACUAGAAGAACUCCACAAAUACUGUCAGGAUGUCUUUGGUCGUGUCUCCCGAUUCCAUCAGAGACUGGCAAACUGGCAUUCGGGUGCAGAAGAUGAAAAGCAGUCAUCUGAAAAUAAGGCCGGUGCAGAAGAUGCAAGAGGGGUGCAUCACGAUCCGUGGCACAAGAAAGCUUUACUGGAUGUCCCACCACCCCAGCAUUCUCUCUGUCACCUCUUGCCCCCCGCCGUGGGUCACGAAAGGUCGGGCUGUGAGACACCUGUUAGUGUGGACUCCAUCCCUCUGGAGUGGGAUCACACAGGAGAUGUGGGGGGCUCUUCCUCUCCAGAGGAUGAGGAAGAAGAGCCAUACUACAGUGCACUCUCGGAUGUAGAAAUCCCUGAGCAUCCUGAGGCAUAUCUUAAAAUGACCACAAAAGCUUUGAGAACAGCUUCUGCAGGAACAUCUGCCUCUGAAACACAUACGUGGCACUCUCCAGAAAGCACAGCAUGUCGAAAACAUCCGUAUAACCAAAGGGAGAUGGUAAGGAGUGUCCUAACAAACAACCCAGAAACCAGCACUCCUUAUAAACCAGGCUAUGUAAAACAACUGAGCACUGGAAGUAUUGACAGCAUAAAAGAGAUCCCUGGGAUCUUGUCUACUGAACACACCCAAGACACCAACAUCAUUGGUGUUUCAGCAGUUGAGAAACAGCCAGGCUCCAUGGAGAGAUGGGAGCUGCUUCAAGCCCAAGAUCUGAGCAACAAGCUGAGAAUGAAGCAGAAUUUGCAGCAAUGGCAGCAGCUGAACUCUGACCUCACCACCAUCAACGCUUGGCUGGACACCAUGGAAGAAGAGCUGGAAGGGCUCCAGGAGGAAAGUCCAGCCAACAGCAUCCAGGUCAUAGAACAGAGGGUUAAGAAGCUGAAGGAUAUGCUUAAAGCCUUUGAUAAUUAUAAGGCCCUUGUGCUGUCUGUCAAUCUGACCAGCAAGGACUUCAAGCAGGCAGAUAGCACCGGGUCCAAAGAACUUCAAAACAGACUUCGACAGGUCAAUUUUCGCUGGGAGAAGGCAAACCUCUUAAUGGGGAACUGGAGAAAGGGUUUGCAGGAAGCUCUAAUGCACUGCCAGGAUUUCCAUGAGAUGAACCAGAAACUUCUGUUGUGGCUGGCUUGUGCAGAGACACGCAGACAUCACGCACAGGUUAAGGAUCCAAAUGCUGAUCCUCACAACAUACAGGAGAGUCGAAAGGAAUUAAUGCAAUUAGAAAACGAACUUCUGGAAAGGCAGCUUCAAGUAAACACUCUGCAGGAGAUCGCCACUCAUUUGCUUGACAAAUCAGGUGGAGAUUAUGCAGAAGCUGAUGAGAAGGUCCAUGUCAUUGGGAAGAAACUAAAACAGCUCCUUGAAGGAGUUUCACAAGAUUUAAAGGUUUCACAAGGAAGCCAGGACAUAAGUGCAUUUCAGAUGCAAGGGAGUGAAGUAGAUUCUGGAAGGUAUCACCAGCUCUCAGAGAAACCUUCCACCUACAGGCAUAAGGGCGACAGGCAGAAAUCAUUGGAGAAUAAGAGCAGCAGCAAUAUUAGAUCGGAGGAUGGUGAUGAAGCCCAUCCUGCUGGUCCCAAGACCCUUUCGUUCUUUUACCGGGUUCUGCGAGCCGCCUUGCCUCUCCAGCUGCUCUUCCUCCUCCUGUUGCUUUUGGCUUCCUUGAUCCCUUUUUCCGAGGAAGACUACAGCUGUACACAUGCCAACAACUUUGCCCGGUCUUUCUAUCCAAUGCUGCGCUACAUCAACGGACCUCCGCCAACUUAAAAUCCCUCCUUUCUCCAUUUCUUUUGCACGCAACCAAAAUUAAUUUUCCUCCCUGGGUGCUCUCUUUGUGCCAUUAAUAUAAGCCCCGGGAGUUCACUUAGUGGAAAUUGCUCUGUGACUUCCCAUCAGAGUCCAUUGGCACUAAUGAACAUCCCACCUUAAAAUCUCUAUUGCAGUUGACAGUAACUAAGAAGAUUUACCUUCAUCUUAAUUUUCUGCUGUCUACACAAGGGAGUGUGACCUUAGUCUCCAUAUAGAUUCUUUAGCGAUUUCAAUACUUGAGAUGGGAGGGGAUUGAGUGUUAAUUAAUUGUAGUUUUGUACAGAAAAAAAUGCUAUUUCUAUAUAUUUUUGAACUGUAAGCAAAAAUGCCUGGUACUUUUGCACAAUGUGUGAUCGGUUGGUCAACAACCUUUAUGGUGGAUGAUCCACUGAAUGACAAAAGUGGUAUUAUGUUAGCAUUAAAAUAACUUCCCUACUUAAUUAUCAUUUCCCACAAUCUUCCAGAAUGAUAAGCAUCACUAAAAGUAAUGGGAACAGUGCAAUUUAAUUGCAAUGGGUCUUGCAUUUAAGGGUGCCCUGAUGGACUGAGCCCAUAGCUCAUAAUGUGAAGAGAAGCCCUUCCAAUGGCAGGAACAGAGAUCACAAAUCUACAGUUGUAUUUUGGUACUGUGCAGGGAGAGGUUUAAUUUUUAAAAGAAUAUUUGUUAUACUCUAAAUAAUUUAGCAGCAUACUCCAAUUAAUGUAUAUAUUUCCAAGAGAAAGAUUUUAGUACUUAGAAACUGCUGCCUUGUCUGAGGUCUUUUUUACUAUGUUUUUCAAUAUAUAUGUAUAUAAAAAGAAAUUUGCAUGGAGAGGUGGGGUUUAUUGUUCAAAGUUUUCUAAAGAAUGAAAAAAAAACCCUAAAUGUAAUUUGUGUUGAUUACCGUGUAAGCCUGUGGCUUUUAAUAAAAAAUGUUUAAGUUUAAUCUUUGAA